GAGUAGGGGGCUGGUGGAGGAAGGGUAGGGACGAGGGAAAAAGAUGAGCCCAAAGGGUCAUCUCUAAAUCACUUCGUUCGGAAGUCAGGCCGGAAGAAAAUUCCCGUAAAAUCCCAAUCGGGGCUGGCCGAGCGUUCCUUUUGGGAGAACCGUCUAGUGAUUCCGUCCAACCGACUGGUCUCCUUUUCCGUCGUAACCGGCUCGAGCGGGAGGGGACCGAUCAUGUACCAAAGGUGCGGCGAGAAGAGGGAAGAGCCCCCGGCUCGGGAUGGCGCCCGCCCUCCCGCCCUCGUCCCUCAGACUUCGAGGGACGAUCGAGGCUGCGGGCCCGGAGACUUGCUGUCGAGUCUUUCCCUCAGCGCCUUCCUCGCCGCUCUCCGGGCCGCCUUCCCCAUUCGAUCGUCUCAGCAGGACCGGGCCGCACGGCUCCCCUCACCGCAAAACGACCUCUCGGUGACCAUGUUUCCUAACACCGGGAAACUAGCUGGAUGUACUCUGUUUAUUACCGGUGCAAGCCGAGGCAUCGGCAAGGCAAUCGCCCUGAAAGCUGCUAAGGAUGGAGCAAAUGUUGUGAUUGCCGCGAAGACCACCCAGGCUCAUCCGAAACUCCCUGGGACAAUCUAUACUGCUGCUGAGGAAAUUGAAGCUGUUGGUGGAAGAGCCUUGCCAUGUGUAGUCGAUGUGAGGGAUGAAAAACAAAUCAGCGAUGCAGUGGAACAGGCAGUCCAGAAAUUUGGAGGAAUUGAUGUCUUGGUGAACAAUGCCAGUGCUAUUAGUUUAACCAACACGUUGGAAACACCUACAAAGAGAGUGGAUCUGAUGCUGAGUGUCAACACCAGGGGAACUUAUCUUACAUCUAAAGCAUGCAUCCCUUACUUGAAAAAGAGCAAAAUUGCCCAUAUCCUUAAUCUCAGUCCACCGCUAAACCUGAAUCCAGUCUGGUUCAAGCAACACUGUGCAUAUACCAUCGCUAAGUAUGGGAUGUCCAUGUGUGUACUUGGAAUGGCAGAAGAAUUUAAAGGAGAAAUUGCAGUCAAUGCUUUGUGGCCUAAAACAGCCAUACAUACUGCUGCAAUGGAUAUGUUGGGAGGAUCUGGUGUAGAGAACCAGUGCAGGAAAGUUGACAUCAUUGCGGAUGCUGCGUAUUCCAUUUUUAAUAAGCCAAUAACUUUUACCGGCAACUUUGUUAUUGAUGAACAACUGCUGAGGGAAGAUGGGAUAGAAGAUUUUGACAUCUAUGCAGUUAAACCAGGCCACCCUUUGCUCCCGGACUUCUUCUUAGAUGACCAUCCUGAUGAAUUAGCCUUGAAAAUGGAAGCACAGGGUGCUACUCCGGCAUUUGCAGAGGUGACACAAGAGCAAGUAACUACCCCUUCUGGAGCCGUCGAACAAACUUUUAAAAUCGUUAAGGCAGCUCUGAGUGAAGAAGUUGUGAAGUCUACCCAGGCAAUUUAUCUGUUUGAACUAUCUGGUGAGAAUGGUGGAACCUGGUACCUGGAUCUCAAGAACAACAGUGGCAGUGCUGGGUAUGGAGCACCACCUGAUAAAGUCGAUGUAGUAAUGACCAUGUCCACCAGUGACUUUGUGAAAAUGUUUUCAGGAAAACUAAAGCCAACCAUGGCUUUCAUGUCAGGAAAGCUGAAGAUUAAAGGUAACAUGUCUCUGGCCAUCAAAUUGGAAAGAUUAAUGAACCAAGUGAACUCCAGACUGUAACAGGAAAGGCGUCAUACCAUGUAAACCACCAGCCUUAAGUAAAAAAACCUCCUUGUUAAAAGCACUAAUGUUUGAUUUUUUUUUAAAGUUUCAUUAAGUGAUUCAAGUUUGUGCUAAUAGAAUUUUUAUGUCAGUGCAACUGGAAAGGGUAAUUUAAACAAAGCCUAUCUGCUUCCAUCCAGACCUGUGAGGUGUACUCAUUCCCCAGUGUGCUCUACUCUUAUCACAUAUCAUAUUUUUUGUGAGGUGCUGGAUUAAAUCCACCUAGCAAGUAGGACUAGUUAUCGUGUGUCAUUCAUUGUUCAUCAGCCUAAAGGCAUUUCCCUUUAUUGUCAGAAGCUAAGCAAGCUGCUCCUUAUCCAAACCCUAGUGACCUAGGAAGCAAAAUCGAGUUAAAAUCUGUUCUCUCACAAAAUCUUUUUAAUCAGGUACUGUAGUAAAGUGAGAUAAUUUUAAAAUUAAUUUUGGAUAUGGAAUAAAUUAAAAUCUUAGUGUCGGGUUUAUGUACCCUCUUUUUAAGAAAUCUUUCGGUGAUUCAUUUUGACAGGUACAAGUAUACUAUUAGCAAGAAGAGUUUGUAAGCAGUGAAACAAGCUCACACAUUGGUCUUUUUGGUUAGUUUUCUAGCAGCAAAAAUACUUUAAUGUAAUUCAACUACAGUGUUUGCAGCAUACAUUCUGUUUCCCCCGAAGUAUGUGUAAAUGCACUGAAAUAAAAAUAAAUGUUUUUCUCUUCCUA